GGAGCGGGGCCGCGGGGAUGGGAGCCUGAGAGGGGGCGAGCUCGCGGCCGGAGGAGCGCGGCGGGCGGCGGCAGCGGUGGUGCCGGUGUCCCGCAGGGGCAGGUCCCGGCGGGGCCGAGCCCGCCAUGGAGCCGGUGACCAGGUGGAGCCCGAAGCAAGUGGUGGACUGGACCAAGGGCCUGGAUGAUUGCCUGCAGCAGUAUGUCCAUAAGUUUGAACGGGAGAAGAUAAAUGGUGAACAGCUGUUACAGAUCUCUCACCAGGAUCUUGAAGAGUUGGGUAUCACACGGAUCGGACACCAAGAACUGGUUUUAGAAGCUGUGGAUCUCCUGUGUGCACUGAACUAUGGCCUUGAAACAGACAAUAUGAAGAACUUAGUUCUCAAGCUGCGAGCAUCAUCCAACAAUCUGCAAAACUACAUCUGCAGCCGUAGGAAAAGUUCAACUUAUGAUGGGAAUACCUCGCGAAAACCCCCCAAUGAAUUCCUUACUUCUGUGGUAGAGCUUAUUGGUGCUGCUAAAGCCUUGCUUGCGUGGUUGGACAGGACCCCAUUUACUGGUAUUGCUGACUUCUCAUCAAUGAAGAACAGAAUCAUUCAGUUAUGCUUGGAUCUCACUACUACUGUUCAGAAGGACUGUACUGUCGCUGACAUGGAAGAUAAAGUUCAGACUGUAUCCAAGACUUUAAAUGGAAUUUGCGAUAAAGCCAUCCGAUCAACUACGGAUCCAUUGAUGAGCCAGUGUGCGUGUCUGGAGGAGGUUCAUUUAACCAACAUUAAACCUGGGGAAGGUCUGGGAAUGUACAUCAAAUCAACUUAUGAUGGAUUACAUGUAAUUACUGGCACUACAGAAAAUUCCCCUGCUGAUCGAUCUCAGAAGAUUCAUGCUGGUGAUGAAGUGAUCCAGGUUAAUCGUCAAACUGUGGUUGGAUGGCAACUAAAAAAUCUGGUGGCAAAGUUGCGAGAGAACCCUGCUGGAGUUAGGCUGCUUCUCAAGAAACGUCCAACUGGCUCUUUCCAUUUCACCCCCGCUCCACUGAAGAACCUGCGUUGGAAGCCACCUUUAGUGCAGACCAGUCCCCUGUUAACUUCAACCCAGUCACCAGAAAGCACCACGGAUACCUCACUGAAAAAAGAGAAGCCAGCCAUUUUGGAUUUGUACAUACCACCUCCACCAGCUGUUCCGUAUUCUCCUCGAGAUGAAAAGGGGAGUUUUGUCUAUGGAGGAGGCAACAAACUCAGUCAGCCACUACUUGGGUCCAAGGGUGCUGAGUCUCCCAAUUCUUUUCUGGAUCAGGAAAGUCGAAGGCGAAGAUUUACUAUUGCUGAUUCUGAUCAGUUGCCUGGGUAUUCCAUGGAAGCAAAUAUACUGCCAGCCAAGAUGAGGGAAAAAACACAGUCCUACGGAAAACCUCGUCCCUUGUCAAUGCCUGCUGAUGGGAGCUGGAUAGGAGCUGCAGAACCUUUCUCAAGGCCACGAGCACCAGGGAGAAAAGGUGAAGAUGUCCUCUGCAGGUACUUCAGUAAUGAAAGGAUACCCCCGAUCAUUGAAGAAAGUCCCUCCACACAACACCCCUUUUCAAGGCCAAUGUCUGAGAAACAGUUAGUGAGGGGAACGGAUUAUAUUCGAGGCAGCAGGUGUUUUAUGAAUACAGACCUCCACAACAGUGCAACAAUUCCUUUUCAAGAGGAAGGCGCUAAAAAAUCUUCUGUUACAUCAUCCACAAAAUCUUCCUCUGCAGAGCCCUCGCUGCUGGUCAGUUGGAUCACGAGACUUAAAUUGUUGACUCAUUGACUGUUGUUCACGGGAUGGUUACCAAGUGCCUUUGUUCAUCGGUCAGACUUCUCUGCUUUUCAGCUUAACUGACGCAUAGUGACUAAUGCAGUGUUCUUUUCCUGGAGAAUCUUUUAUUCUUGCCUUUUUGUUUGUGAUUUUUUGAUGUGUCAGAGGGUUUUGUAGUGCAAGGAGGGAAGAAAGAUAAAGAUCAAGUUCCUCUUAAUGGCCGAAAGUUGGGAGCAUUUAUUCCCAUCAAAAUGAGUAAACUUUAAGUGAUAUAGAAACCACACAUGACCUGAAAUCUGCAUAACUACUCAGAAGAAAUCUUUGCAUUACAGUAAAUUCCAGUGGCACUUCAUCUGUCCAAAUGCUCAGAGGCUGUUGUGACUGUCUGGGUGUCAGGAUACAUAGGGAUCAGCAAAAAUUUUGUUACCCUCCUGAUCAGGAAAGGCAAGCAGGGAAACAGCAGUUUGAUGCAACUGUUAGUGGUACUGUUGCAAGUACUGCAUGAGGUCAACCUUGUGAGGGUGAAGUAGCAUUUCCAUUCUUUCUCUGAUAUCCAGAGAUCUUAGGAAGAGAGAUCUUUUAUCCAGAGAUUUUAGGAAGUUGGACUAAUUUAAUUAUAAAUCAAUUCAACCUGGUUCAUCAUCUAUUUUAUUGAAAUCACAGCACAAAUAAAGUGCAUUGAACGGCUGCAGUGCUCAUCCGUAAAGAAGUAUGGAUUGCUACAACAUGUCAAGGAAAUGCAUCUGUAGAGGUGAUAAAAGAAUACAUAUUUUUUCCUUAAUUGUUUAGGAUUGAUUUGCUGUUAACCAAAGUAAUCUUUUAAAGACAGUCCUGUAGGACUUAUGAGAACUUUACAGUGGUUCAGUUUUUGAAUGAUGUGUUGUUUUUAUGAAAAAUAUGUGCUAUGAUACAUUACAAUUGUAAGACAUCUUGCUAUUUUAUAUAUAGCUCGAUUUCCCCCCCCCCCCCGCCCCCUCCAGAAUUUUAGAAUAGCGUUGGGUUUUUUGGGAGGAAAAUAAAACUUGUUUAACAAAAGAAGAUAUUAAAGAGGUAUUGUUUAAAACUGAAUGUACAUAAGAUUGUUAGUAUGCAAACAGUUGUGUUUAAAGUAAUUUAAAUGUUAAAUAUAGUUGUACAUAUUUUUCACUCUUAAACUGAUGGAGUUUGUACCUUCAUGUCUGUGGUACUGGGCACAAAUUAGUCAAAUGAAAACAAAGUCUUUUAUAUUCCCCACUAAUUUUAAGACUAUUUUCAUGAAUGUUGCGUUGCCAACAGCCUUUACUCCUUUGGUCUUUCUGAAGAAAAGGAAAAACAAACUUGUAUUUAAUAGUUUGUGGGAAAGGGGGAGGUGAAAUAGUAGUUUGCACUUUGAACUGGGGCAGGAAUUGUAUGUGAUAACAUGAGUGUUAAAAACAUACCAUAAUUCUCGCUGUGAAGAUGUAACCUUUCUGCUGCAACAGGUUCUUGAAGUGUGCUACAGCCCUUGUAGCGACAUGGUGUUAAAUUCAGUUCUCAGUUAAUUAAAUUUACUUGUUAUUCGUUGGUGAUUUAAGUGGGGGCUGUUAUGGACCUUUUUAAUCCUAGCAGAUUAUAGUAAGUCUGUCUCGUGCAAGUCUUCUCCACUCCCCAGACCUGGCAUCGGUAGUAGAGACAUUGGCAAACACAGCUGCAGUGUCUAGACCAGUUUGGUCCUGCCUCUGAAAAGAAGGCUCAAACUGCCAUGUUGUAGGCACUGUGUUGUAGCAAAGUCCAUCCCCAAAUUGGCUGAACCAUUUGAAAUAAGUGAUGCUCAUUCAGUUCAGUAACUGUGACUUAGGCAUGUUAUCUAAAUGAAGCUCUAAAACUGACUUUUUGCUCAUCUUUAAUGUUGCGUUCUCCAUGGUUUAAAAAUGACUGGGGAAUGAUAUACUUUGGUAUAUGUGUUUGUGCAUGUCGAUGUGGAAGAAACCAUAGUUCUACGUGAUUUCUUUAGGUCCUGCCAGCAUGUUUUUAAGACAGGGAAAACUCAGACGUUUGAUUCCUUUGUUCAGUUAAGUUCUCUUGCAGUUUGAUCUAAGAGCAGUGAAAGGAGCUUGCCCUAAUUUAACAGGUAGCUUUCAAUCAAUUCAGCUAUGAGGAAAGAUGAAUUUGUAAAUAUUUAGGUAGAGUGACACUUUUCAAAAUGUCUUGUUACCUUAAAUACAAGCUUAAAGGAUAGCAACAAACAGAAAAGAAAAACCUAACCGGUGUCCUCUCCAGUGUCAUAACCAUGAUGAGUUAAAGUACUGAAUGUGAUCUUUUGUCAAUCGUCAAGGGUGUCCAACAGUUGAUAGCAGGUUCUAUAGCAGAAGGAACUUCACUUAAACUCUUGAAGGGCUUUCUGGCAGCUGCUCUGCCUAUGUAAGGCACACCAAAACUUUUCUCCUCCAUCUCGUGGAGUCUCUUACUAUUUGGGGUGGUUGUAUAUGUCUCUGAGAGGAGACUGCUGAGCCAGGGUGUUUCUUAGUCAGGUAUGUACAAAUAGUGUCCAAAUUAUUUUCUUUACCAAAGAAGGAAGCAUGUUGCUCUUAUUUCCUUUUAUUUAUUUGUUACAAAAUUACCAUAAUACCAGAAAUGUUUUUUUUUUUCCAAGAGAACUGAGGAAGUAGAUGGUGGAAUCAGGCUGUGAUACAAAGACGGUUGGUGUUGUGAAGAGAACCAGUGUGUUGUUGCCACUGCAUGAUGACUCAAACAGUUGAAUAAGCCGCUUCAGAUGCAUAGUGUCAGCUAAUCAAGUCGUGUGUUUUGUUUCAAAGAGGUAUCGAAGCCCCUUACUACCAAAUGAGAGGGAAAAUACAAGUACCAGUGUAGGAAGACAAAUAAAGUAAAAAGCAAGGAACUAGUAGAAAGCAGAUAUUUAAGAGCAAGUUUUAGUAUUCUAUGAAAAACGCACUACUUCAGAUGGUUUACUUUCCUAUGUGACCUGUCUUCCAUAGCAAAGAAUAAAGAUUAAAAUACCCAAUCUUCUCUAUUUUUGUGCACAACAGGAAAUAAUGAGUUGAUGUUCUUGUUCAUGUAACAACAUGGCACAGAUCAUUUACCAUUACCAUAUAGAAGUGCUGCUGUUGAUUGAGAGAAUGGUUUAAAAUGCAGCAAAGACCCAUGGCAGUGACUGUCAUAAUGUUCCUGAGUGUGAUUAUCUUUCUUCUUUACAGUAGUGGUUCCUAUUAGAAGAUCUAGUGUAUUGAGAAAUGUUAAAAAUUCAACUUUUUCAAAUAAUUCCUUUUUCAUUUUGAUAUCAUAUGGAGAAGGUGAAAUCUGUUCUGUUUGUGAAAUAUUUUUUUCUACCCACUUGCUCUGCUCUCCCUCUUUGUACCAUGUUAACUUAAAAGUGAGGCGAAGUAUCUGAAAACUCUCAAAUCCAAAAGACUAGUGCACUGUCCUUGUCCAAGAGAUUAAACUUGAAAGAUGGCAAUCACUUAACUUCUUACUCUGUAUAGUGAAUAUAGAGGGUGCACUGUAGUUUUGGAGGGGAAAAAUAAAAGAUAAAGAGCUAAGAAUAACUGCUGGCUUAAUCUCAGAAAAACGUAGGCAACAAGUUAGGAACUGUUACUGUGCAGAAACUUGGCUUGUCUCUUGGUAUCGAAGGUACGUGCAUCUGCUAUAUU